AACAAUGAUUAAAACUAAUAAUAAAAUGUGUUUAAAUCAUCUACAACGUUUCAUUAUUGUUGCCACUACAACGAUCCCGCUUUGUACUACAAUUACAAUGAUAUUAUUGCUACUGUUAACAGGUGCUGAAGGCUCAACGGGCUUGAAUGAAUUAGAAAUGGAACAUCCUGAUCGAUUACCAAAUUUUAUUACACCUGGACAAACAUAUCGAAUUCCUACGGGUGCAACAGUAGUGUUACCAUGCCGAGUUAGUGAACCAGGAAGUUACGUAUUAGCAUGGAAACGUGGUAUAGCUGUCUUAACGGCUGGUCCUGUGAAAGUGUCACCAGACCCUAGGGUGCGUCUAUUGAGUACACCACAAUCAUCUUCACCAUUACCAGGCCUAUCGGGCGGUGGUUACAGUUUGGAGUUACGAGACGUUCGGCCCCAGGAUGCCGGCGACUAUAUAUGUCAAAUUGGCACAUUCGAACCAAGGGAGAUUACACAUACACUUGAAAUAUUAGUUCCACCUCGUAUACAUCACGUAUCACAUACAGGACGAUUAGAAGUAUCACAGGGUGCUACAGUGAAACUUGAAUGUAAAGCAUCGGGUAAUCCUGUUCCAACCGUUGGAUGGACGCGAAAGAAUAAUGUAUUACCAAGUGGAGAACGAUCUGUAACUGGACUAACUUUACUUUUGCAACAUGUCGAUCGUCAUUCAGCUGGACAGUACGAAUGCAGUGCCGAUAACGGUGUUGCUCAACCGGAUAAGCGAUUUAUAAAUUUGAUUGUACGAUAUCCACCUGAAGUAGAAACAGAACGACCAUUUGUACAUACUGGCAUCGGUAUGGAAGCUCAACUUGUUUGUAUCGUACAUGCUGAACCAGCACCACAUGUAACUUGGUACAAAGAUACAGCUCAAUUGGGAACAACAGAAAAACAUGCAACACAGACACGUGGCAAUCGACAUACGCUCAUUAUACGUAAUGUCUCGUCAGCUGAUUUUGGAAAUUACAGUUGCUUAGCAAGUAACAUAUUGGGAAAAGCACGUGGUCAUUUAAGUUUAUCUGGAACAGCAGCAGCCGCCAUAUUUGAUUCACCACCAAUUGGAGAUUCACCACAUUCAUAUAAUUUAUCUUGGAGUGUCGCCAGUUAUUCACCAAUCACCGAAUUUCGAUUAUUUUUUAGACCACAACCAUCACAUCAAAGACAAAUUCAUCAUGAUAUUGAUUUAAAUUCUGUUCAUAAAAUGGAUUACAAUGUCACCUACAUACAAGGCAGUUACCUAGGUCGUAGUGAAUGGAGUAGUGUUAUAUUACCAGGACCAUCUGUAUAUACAGGUGCUAUAGCAUAUUCAUCACUAACACGCCAAUCUAUGUCAUAUAUGGUACGUGGCUUACAACCAGCAGCACAUUAUGAAGCACGGGUACAAGCAAAGAACGCACAUGGUUGGAAUCGAUUUUCACCAGUAUUUCAUUUUCAAACUAGAGCUGAAGUAAUGGAACCAGUUGUUGAACAAUCCGCACAACCAGCCGUAUACGGAAUAUCAAGCUUCGAUUCUUCAUCAUCAAGUGCUACAAGCAUUGUCUCAUCACUAGCCAUCAUUUCCAUCAAUUUUGGAUCAUUUUAUUUAUGAUUU